CUUCCAUCACAUAGUCGUCGGGCUAGCUAUGCUGCACUGAGCUAUUGCUGGGGUUUGGAAACCGAGGUACGACCAAUAAAGACGAUGAAAAACAAUGUCGCUCGGUUCUCAGAAAGUAUUGUCGCAGCAGAUCUCCCACUAACUAUUCGACAAGCGAUAGAAGUAACUCGGAUAUUGAAUCUAGAAUAUCUCUGGGUCGAUAGCUUGUGUAUAAUCCAGGAUGAUGAUGAUGACUGGCGAAAAGAGUCUCAAAUGAUGGGCAUGAUCUAUCAGAACGCGACAGUCACAAUUGCGGCUACAUCCGCCAGGCAUUGCAACGAGGGCUUGUUUCUGGCGAUACCUAACCGUCUCUGGGAUCACCUGGAUUCCGAUAGCGAGAUUGGCCAGUCUCGAUGGAAUACGCGGGCUUGGGUUGUCCAAGAAAGAAUCUUGUCGCGUCGUAUCUUACAUUUUGGCAGAACGCAGCUGUAUUGGGAAUGUCAAGAGUCGUUGCACGCGGAAUCAAACUCUAUGCCUAUACCAUCAGACACACGAUUCCUUCUUAAUCACAAGCUUGAAAAUAUGGCAGGUAUGGACAUGGGUAUACCAGCGCAAGCUGCAAUGCAACGCUCUUGGGAACGCAUAGUUGGAAUAUACAACGUCUGCGAACUGCAGCGAGAGACGGACAAGCUUCCUGCAGUCGUCGGAUUUGCGCGCGAAAUCGCAAUUAUGAGUGGACAAACCUUUUGUGCUGGUGUGUGGCUCGAGGAUAUCGCACGAGGCUUAUACUGG